AUGCGACCAGUGGAAAUAUCGAUCGAAUGUUCCAUCAGCAAGGCCAGCACGUUCCCCGUCGCCCGUGAGACAAACGACGGUAACGUACAUGAGGAGCGGUCGGCACACAUGUGCUCCCUGGCUAAGGAUGCCACGCACAUCCCUUACAUCAAGAUGAUGAUGACCCUGGGUGUCUGGGAAGUAUACACACGUCCCUACUGA